AUGUGCAUCGCUGCCCACCUUCCUGGGGGAGAUGCUGCUCUCAGCUGCACAAUCACACUCCCCCUUGGAAGUCUGGAUGAGCCCCAGGUGCUGCACUUCCUGCCAAGUGUCAUCAUGACCACCCUGUCCUCUCAGAUGACACUCUCAGCAUUAGAGAGGCAGAUCUUCGACUUCCUUGGCUUCCAGUGGGCGCCCAUUCUUGGCAAUUUUCUGCAUAUAAUUGCCGUCAUAUUGGGUUUGUUUGGAACCAUUCAGUACAGACCUCGAUAUAUUGUGGUGUAUACAGUAUGGACUGCCCUCUGGGUCACCUGGAAUGUGUUUAUUAUCUGCUUCUAUUUGGAAGUAGGUGGGCUCUCUAAGGAUACAGACCUAAUGACAUUCAACAUCUCUGUGCACCGGUCAUGGUGGCGGGAACACGGGCCCGGCUGUGUCCGAAGAGUACUGCCCCCGUCAGCCCACGGCAUGACGGAUGAUUACACGUAUGUCUCUGUCACCGGCUGCAUUGUUGACUUCCAGUACCUGGAGGUCAUCCACAGUGCCGUCCAAAUCCUACUCUCUUUGGUUGGUUUUGUGUAUGCCUGUUAUGUGAUCAGUAUUUUCAUGGAAGAAGAGGAUACCUUUGAUUUCAUAGGUGGACUUGAUGCACACUCCUACUGCCAGGAUCAUGUUACGUUAAAGCCUGUUCAUCUGUAA